CAUUACUAUCUAUAAUUUUUUUUCUUCUCUGUACAAAAGAUAUCAAACAAUAAAGAGAAACCAAAAGAUAGAAAUUAGGGAGGGAGGGGGUGAGGAACGCAUUACAAAGAAGAAAGGAUAUUUAUUAUCCGAGUAAACAUGGGUCACCAUUCUUGCUGCAAUCAACAAAAGGUUAAGAGAGGCCUUUGGUCCCCUGAGGAAGACGAAAAGCUCAUUCGAUACAUCACCACUCAUGGCUAUGGAUGUUGGAGUGAAGUCCCUGAGAAAGCUGGUCUUCAAAGGUGUGGGAAAAGUUGUCGCUUGAGAUGGAUUAAUUAUUUGAGACCUGAUAUUAGAAGAGGGAGGUUUACUCCUGAGGAAGAGAAGUUGAUUAUUAGCCUUCAUGGGGUUGUAGGCAACAGAUGGGCUCACAUUGCAAGCCACUUGCCUGGAAGGACAGACAAUGAGAUAAAGAACUACUGGAAUUCAUGGAUCAAGAAGAAGAUACGAAAGCCUUCAGCACCUCCAACUAACACUGCUCCCAGCACUGAGAAUUCCCAGAUAAAUUAUGCUUCAAACCAAGUACUAGAGUUAGUGAAUCAGGAUUUGAUAACAAGGGCAGUACCUACUCAAGAAACCCUAUUUUUUUCUCCAGCCCCCUUAUUUAUGUUUGACACAACUCCACUUGACGGAAUUCAAGAUGGUAAUGUAAGAGGAGGGUUUUUCCUUGAACCAGCUAAUUUAAACAGUGAGACUUGGAAUCUCAAUCAGCAUCAAGUGCAAGCAUUUCCUCCUUCAACUUCUUUCAAAGUCGGUAUGGAUACAAAUAAUUGUUUGCCACCAUUGAUAGAGAACAUGGAAAAUAUGAUGCCUAUUGAAGUCCAAUCUUGUAGCAUGGAUGAGGCAGGAGAAAUGACACUUGAGUGCUUGCAGAGGCAGCAGCAGGAGUUGAAUGAAUGGGUUGAAUCCCAGAACUGUUCAAACAUUCUGUUCUGGGAUAUUGUUGAGGGACAACUUGGUGGGGAAGCAAUACCACCAACUUCAUCAAAUAUGGGAACUGCACUAUCAUCAUUCCCUUCAUCUCUAUAAAUUAUUAAUGGUGGAGAAAAAAAAAAAAAACCUCUCCAUUCUCUCCCCUCCCCCACCUUUGCUUUCUCGAGCAUUGAUCUACGCUGAGUAGCUUUCAAAAUGUUCCAGGCAUUUGACAAAAACAGUUUGUUUUUCUUUUCUUUUUUGCUUUUUGUAACUUUAUUGAUCAUGAGCUUGUGAAUUGUGAGGGAAUGCAACAUAAUUAUGCAUGACUUUUUUUUUUCUUCAUGAUGUUUGGAAACAGAAAAAGGGAAGAAUAAAAAGCAAUGUAACAGCCAGAAAAGAAAGUUUGAAGCUGAUGAGAUAACUCUUAUU